AAUCCCAGUCUCGAAUGUUAGGAUUGGGUGUACGUCGACUAAAAGCCCGACCGUCACUGCUGGACCUGCUUGCAAGUCGUGGUAAUAGGAGCAGCGUUGUUGUUGACUUGUCCUCCAACGUGAGCCCGUCAUCACCGCCCAGACCAGAGAACCUCCCACCGCUCCCCGUUUCGCCCACUUCGUCGACCUCCAGCAACAGCACCAGCAUCCCUCUACCCCUCCCUUCGUCCACUUCCCCCAUCCACACUCCGGUUUCGCGCACCAUGGCUCCCUCUGGAAAGGACUCCAAGGACCAGGACGAUGCCCAGCAUGGUGUAGUCUUCUCCGUCUCCGGUCCCGUCGUCGUGGCCGAGAACAUGAUCGGCUGUGCUAUGUACGAGCUGUGUCGUGUCGGUCAUGAUCAAGUUGUCGGCGAGGUUAUUCGCAUUGAUGGAGAUAAGGCUACCAUUCAGGUUUACGAGGAAACAGCGGGUUUGACCAUCGGCGACCCCGUCUUGAGGACAGGCAAACCCCUGUCGGUCGAACUUGGACCAGGUUUGAUGGAAACGAUUUACGACGGUAUUCAGCGCCCCUUGAAGGCAAUCUCCGAUAAGUCUGGCAGUAUCUACAUCCCCCGUGGUAUUGUAGUCAACGCAUUGGAUCGCGAGAAGAAAUGGGACUUUACUCCGGGUAAAUUCAAGGUCGGCGACCACAUUACAGGUGGUGAUAUUUGGGGCACUGUGUUCGAGAACAGCCUCUUGAACGACCACAAGAUUCUCCUUCCCCCCCGCGCAAGGGGUACGAUUACCAAGAUUUCGGAUGCCGGUAGCUAUACUGUGGAAGAGCAGCUCCUUGAAAUCGAGUUCAAUGGCAAGAAGUCGACGUUUGGUAUGAUGCACACCUGGCCCGUUCGUGUGCCCCGACCGGUCAAUGAGAAGCUGUCCUCCGAUUCUCCCUUUGUCGUCGGUCAGAGAGUGCUGGACUCUCUCUUUCCCAGUGUGCAGGGUGGUACUGUUUGUAUUCCAGGUGCUUUCGGAUGCGGCAAGACUGUCAUUUCCCAGUCCGUGUCUAAAUUCUCCAACAGUGAUGUCAUUGUCUAUGUUGGUUGUGGUGAGCGUGGUAACGAGAUGGCUGAAGUGUUGAUGGAUUUCCCUGAGCUUACUAUCACCGUCGACGGCCGCAAAGAACCUAUCAUGAAGCGUACCUGUUUGAUCGCCAAUACCUCCAACAUGCCCGUCGCCGCUCGUGAGGCUUCCAUCUAUACCGGCAUCACCAUUGCAGAGUAUUUCCGUGACCAGGGCAAGAACGUAGCUAUGAUGGCAGAUUCUAGUUCCCGAUGGGCGGAGGCUCUUCGUGAGCUUUCCGGUCGUCUAGGAGAGAUGCCUGCUGAUCAGGGUUUCCCUGCUUACCUUGGUGCUAAACUUGCCUCCUUCUACGAACGUGCGGGUAAGAGUAUCGCCCUAGGCAGCCCCGAGAGAAUCGGCAGUGUCAGUAUCGUUGCUGCCGUCAGUCCCCCUGGUGGUGAUUUCGCAGACCCUGUCACCUCAAGUACACUAGGUAUUGUGCAAGUUUUCUGGGGGUUGGACAAGAAGCUCGCGCAGCGUAAACACUUCCCAUCCAUCAACACGUCCAUUUCCUACAGCAAAUACACGAUGGUUCUGGACAAGUAUUACCAGAAGCACCACCCGGAGUUCCCUCGUCUGCGUGACCAAGUUCGAGAGCUUCUGACCAAAUCGGAAGAUCUUGACCAGGUUGUGCAACUGGUCGGAAAGGCUGCCCUUGGUGAUUCCGACAAGAUUACCCUGGACGUGGCUGCAAUGCUGAAGGAUGACUUCCUCCAGCAGAACGGUUACAGUGACUACGACCAGUUCUGUCCAAUGUGGAAGACGGAGUACAUGAUGAAGGCGUUCAUGGGUUACCACGACGAGGCCCAGAAGGCGGUUGCCCAAGGUCAGAACUGGGCCAAGGUUCGUGAUGCCACCAGCGACAUCCAGAGCUCUUUGCGAAACAUGAAGUUCGAGAUUCCAGACGAUGAAGCUGCAGUCUCUGCGAAGGUAUGUUGUUAUUCCGAAAUUUCCGAUUUUAGUUUGGCUACUCCUAACACAACGCAGUACGAGAAGAUCCUGCAGACGAUGACCGAGCGGUUCGCCUCGGUGUCGGACGAGUAAACAGGAUCCUUCCUAUGACGUUUUAUAUUAUAC